CUACACUAUUCCAUUGAAAACAAAAGUCGUGAUUAAUGCUUGGGCAAUGGGAAGAGAUCUAAAAUAUUGGGAUGACGUAGAAAGCUUUAAACCUGAGAGAUUUGAACACAACUCUAUGGAUUAUAUUGGUAAUAAUUAUGAAUAUCUUCCCUUUGGUAGCGGAAGGAGAAUUUGCCCUGGAAUGUCAUUUGGUUUAGCAAAUGUUUAUUUUCCACUGGCUCAACUGUUGUAUCACUUUGACUGGAAACUCCCAACUGGAAUCAUUCCAAGUGAACUGGACUUGACCGAGGCGCCUGGAGCAGCUUGUACUACAAAGAAUGACCUACACUUGAUCGCUACUCCUUAUCAACAUUGUCAAGAGUGAUCUCAUGGCGUCAAACAUUUUCUUAAAAGAAGAAUCUUGCAAUUGAAUUUCGUUGUCAACCCCACCAUUGUACUUUCUUCCUUUGCUGUUUUGGUAUUUACCUAUUUCUAAUAUUUUGUGUCUUCUUUCAUAUAGAAAUAUGCCACUAUAGUUUUCGACACAAGCUGUCCAAUAAGAUUUUCUGUUGUUUUUAUAUUUUGGAAUAGAAUAUACUUACAUCCUUGUAUUAUGAAGAGGAGAUCAAUUGAUGGUGUCAUCAUAUUCUGUUUGUAUACUUUUGAUCUUUUGGGCUAUGUGAGAUUUUAAGGUGGUGAAUCUA